AUGCCGAAGAUGGGCAUCAAUGACGAAGAAGGUGAAAUCCAACUCCUCAUCAUAGAUGGUGUUCAUUGCCCUAAAUCUUUUGUCGAAGGAAUCAACGAAAGGUGUGCGGCACUUUUGAAAGCUGUAGAUGUACAAUAUCUCAGCAGGGGAAGGUGUGGGCCAAUUCUGUCUCUUGUACAGAACGUAAAGUCUGACCAGUACUCGAUGCGAGGACAACUGGAAGGGGGCUAUGCCAACGAACUUGAGGAAGUUGACAUAUUGGACUCAGAUAAGCAAACUAAUGCAAAGUCAUCUAAAGUGAGAACAUUUGCUAAUGGUUUGGUCAUUGAAGAACUGUCAAUGGACAAACCAGAUGGUAAAAAAGCUCAACCAGGAAAGAAAGUCAGUGUCCACUACAUUGGCAAGCUAAAGAAGAAUGGUAAACAGUUCGACUCAAACGUGGGAAGAGCACCAUUUAAGUUCCGCCUAGGGGUAGGACAAGUUAUUAAAGGGUGGGAUGUUGGAGUUGAGGGCAUGCGUGUUGGGGAUAAGAGAAGGCUUACCAUUCCACCAGAGAUAGGGUAUGGAGCAGGUGGUGCAAUUCCUCCAAAUUCGUGGCUUGUGUUUGAUGUUGAGUUAAAUGAUGUUCGUUAAUUCUCGGACCUAUCAAUCAAACAAAUUUUUGGCAGCUGU